UUCCCAUUUCAGACAAUAAUUUGUAGAUCUCAGCCCAGCCCACUGACUAUAAAAGUGACCAGAGAGCUGGAUCGUGUCCACUCGCUCUCUGCUGAGCUCUGAGGCAUAGCGGCAAUCGUCAACAAGCAUCAUGAGCAGCACACCAAAAGAUUUGUUGAAAGAGAAGCUCGAUCAGCUUCAGUGCCACUUCACGUGGAGCCCACAGAAGGAGACCAUUGACCUGGAGGAUAUGAUGUACAGAUUACAAGAUUCCAUAAACUUUGGAGAUAGAUAUCAAGCCACAUCCUACAACCAACUAGCUUUCAUAAACUGCUUGCAAGGCAACAGUGAGGAAGCUAUUCAAAACUUAAAGGAGGCUGAAAAGAUUCUGAGGGAGAAUCACAAAGAUGCAUUUGAAAGAAACAGCAUCGUCACCUAUGGAAACUACGCCUGGGUGCAUUACCACAUGGGACAACUGGCCAAGGCCCAGUCCUACCUCGACAAGCUGGAGAUGAUCUGUAAACCGCUCACAGAUGGCCCUCGCUAUACAGCAAUGAUACCUGAAGUGUAUGGGGAGAAGGGAUGGUCAUUGGUAAAAUCAGCAGCUAAAUACUAUGAGGAGGCAAAGAAAUGUUUUGAGAAAGCUCUGGAGAAAGAUCCUGACAAUUCCAAUUGUAUCAUGGGCAUUGCAACUGUUCUGUUUCGUCUGGAAUCAUUUUCUGGAACACCAGAGAACCGUACAAAAAGUCAGUCUGUGCAGCAUCUGCGACAUGUACUGGAGCUAGAUCCAGAUAACUCUGUGGCCAUGGCGCUGCUUGGUCUAAAGCUGCAACAGUGCUAUCAAGAAAAAGAAGCAUAUAAAUUAAUUGAACAAGCAGUGCAUAAAAGCCCUGAUCGCCCAUAUGUGGUUCGCUAUGCGGCAUUAUUUUACAGAAGAGAAGGAGACAUGGAGAGAGCAGUCGAGCUGUUGGAGAAAGCAGUUGUAUUAUCUCCACACUCUUGCUUCUUGCAUCAUCAGAUUGCAAUGUGUUGCCAAAGUCAACUAAAGCCACUGCUGAAAAUUCCUCCUGGCACAAGUCAUGCAUUUCAGCAAAAAAGUAAAUUGAUCGAGAAAUGCAGAAAUCAUUUUGAAAAGGCACGCGAGCAUCGAAGGCUGGCUAUUAAACCACAGUUGGAUUUUGCAGAGUUCUGCAUAAUGCUCGGAGACUACUCCAAGGCUGAAGAGAUUUACAGCCAUCUGGUGAAGAUAGUUGACACUCGUCCAGAAAACGUGCAAAACAUAUGUUUACAGGCUGGAUCGUUUGAACUGUACCAGAAAAGAUCUGAAACAAAAGCCGUGAGCCUUUUCCUGAAAGGUCUGAGACUUGAACAUGACUCAAAAGCACGGAGAGAAUGCAAGAAAAAAUUAUACCAGUGGGUUGACAGGAAGCUGUACUUUGCUCCACAUGACAGCAUGGCCCUUGGUGUCAAAGGGUCAAUCUAUCAGUUGGAUGGGGACAAGUCUAAAGCUAUUGAAUAUUUUGAGAAGGCCUUGGAGUUUGAUCGUGAUAAUGUGGAAUAUCUGAGUGCACUUGCUGCAUUAAGCCUUUCCCUUAAGGGCUAAAGUAAUACUGAGAGAUGCUUUGAUUCUGAUACGAAGACAGGUUUGGUGAGGCAAUUAUUUUCACUUGAUGUAUUCUUGCAGCACCUUCUACAAAUGAGACUAUUACUCACGAGAAUGUGAUUCCCAAACAAUAAUCUUACUGCAAUCAUUAUCUGCCUUUCUGCUGUGUUCUUGAAUGGUGAUGUCUUAAUUAUAGCAAGAAAACCCUUUGAUCCAUAUGAUACCCCUGCCAUAUAUAGCUCCUCAUAUUUUAGAUUAUAAUGUGUGGAGUAAAGAAACGUUUGUGACAGGAACGUUUUCUUUUGGAGACAAAUGAAGAAAGCUCUGUAAGAAUCUUGGAACAUUUCUACUUCAUUUCAUUCACUUGUUAAUCCUGAAAUGUAGAUCCUGCUUUUCAAUUUGUUACAUGAAUCCUACUGAUCAGGUGUAACUUUUGAAGAAUUAAUUUUGGAAUUGGAUUAAAUUUGCAAGACCAUAUUAAGAUGUCACCCUUAGAAUGGCUGAGAACUAUAGUUUCAAAGUGAAGAUUGGAUUGGUGUGAACUUUAUGAAAGGAGUGUCAGCAAAUUAUUAAUGGUAUCUUUCCAGUCAUCCAAGAAUAUUUCAAAAGGCAAUGCAAGAGUCAAAGAAGCAAGUCAUUCUAGCAGUGCGACCUGCCAUAGGAAGACGAACUGAAGGCAAUACUCCAAAUGCAGCUUCAACAACAUCUUGUACAACUGUAACAGAAUGUCACAAUUUCCAUACUCAGUACCCUGACUGAUGAAGGCUAAUUCACCAAAGUCUUCUUUACCACCCUGUACCAGUGACGUCAUUUUUAGGAAACUGUGCACCUGUAUUCGUAGAUCCUUCGUUGUGAUGACUACAUGGCAUGUCUAUAAUAAGAUAACAGAAAUUGGAUGCAUGUUCAAAAUGACAUGUUAUUGCUCCCUCGACUUUGAGCCCAGGAGAAAAAUAAGAAGGGAGCUCCAGAGAGGGUAAAUAUAUUGAAGUACUGGGGGCAUAAUGGUGGAGUUAUCCUUUGGAGACUUGGUCCGCUAUCUAGUAUGCAAUGUUCAAGAGUCAAGAGUGUUUUAUUGUUCAAUGUACAGUGGGCAAUAUACAGUGGGCAAUAUACAGUGGGCAAUAUACAGUGGGCAAUAUACAGUGGGCAACAUACAGUGGGCAAUAUACAGUGGGCAAUAUACAGUGGGCAAUAUACAGUGGGCAAUAUACAGUGGGCAAUAUACAGUGGGCAAUAUACAGUGGGCAAUAUACAGUGGGCAAUAUACAGUGGACAAUAUACAGUGGGCAAUAUACAGUGGGCAAUAUACAGUGGGCAAUAUACAGUGGGCAAUAUACAGUGGGCAACGUUACGAUUUGUUAUUCAGCACUAUGACACUUCUUUGCUCUGGGCACGGUUGUUUUGAAUAAAAUAUGAAAUCUGAUCACAUGACAGUGCCAUGUCCAAUAAUUUAGAAUUUAGAAUUGGGAAGGACCAUUCUCAUG